AUUGGACUUCUGUCCUACAGCACCACCACGUGGGAGAAUUUUCAAUUGAAACGCGACGAUGACGAUCGAACGAAGUUGCACGUAGCGUUCAACGAUAGCCGGCGGAAGUCAAGCGAUCAAGCGUGUUUGCCAUUUCGCGGUCAUCACUCGAGGAGGGCUAGCUUAAACACACUGACGAAGCGAGAUCGGAACAAUUCUGUCGAUCCGAGAGGACAGCGCAUCGGUGAGCAACGCAUCGUCGAAGGGUUCCGAAAAGGCGCGAACGAGAAGAUCGCGGCCAAAUUCUAUCCGGAAGCUCUUGGCAGCUCCAGUUACAUCGAAAAAAAUGGUCGACUCAGUCUUACCGUUGUCGUGCAAACCAUCAGCCAGGUCAUGGAGCGGAAUGGAGUUGUGAGAUUAUGUGAGCUAGCACUGAACAUCGCAGAAACUCUGCUUCGGAUACCAAUCGAUCAGAGUGAAACAAUCUACCUCUCCCUCGGCUGUCCUCACGGCUGCAACGAGGGCGUAAAAAGUCAACAAGGUGACUUUCUUCGGGUCAAAGCUAAAACACUUCUAGCUCAACUUGAGAAAUUGCAACAACAGGAGCGCUUUCGCACUAUCUUCACGAACUAUGUGGAGGAGAACAGUCCUCAGCAGAUUCUCGAUCUUAUUCACUCGAUUACAGCUUUUUGUCGCUCGGAAUUUCCUCAGAGCAGUUCCGCUUCAGAGGAGACACGACGUCAAUCUGAAAGCAAAACGCCCUCCUACCGUAAUCGAUUCAACGAGCGUGAAAAGGGCAUCGAGGGACGAAUCAUCAACCGCCACACUAAAGAAUCUCGCGACAAAACUUGCUCGGAUACAGGACCAGCUGACAGAACCGGAAGAAAACAU